AUGGUCUCCUUUUCAAAACUCGGUGCUCUUUUCCCUGCGGCAUUGUUCGCACUCCAGGCCAAUGCUCAGUCGGGAACCGGUGUGACCACCCGUUACUGGGACUGCUGUAAGCCAUCGUGUGCUUGGUCUGGCAAGGCCUCCGUCUCCUCGCCCGUUCGCACCUGCGGCUCGAACCAGCAGGUGCUUGGCCCUGACGUCAAGUCGGGCUGCGACGGUGGAAGUGCCUUUACUUGCGCGGACAACCAACCUUGGGCCGUCUCCAACUCACUCGCAUAUGGUUUCGCUGCCGCCAAUAUUGCUGGUAGCUCCGAGUCGUCCUGGUGCUGCCAAUGCUACCAGCUCACUUUUACGAGUGGCCCAGCGACUGGUAAAGUCAUGGUAGUUCAGGUUACAAACACUGGUGGUGAUCUCGGUAACAACCACUUUGAUAUCCUCAUGCCCGGUGGUGGAGUCGGACUUUUCAACGGGUGCAAUGCGCAAUACGGAUCGUGGAAUGGUGGUGCACAGUAUGGUGGUGUUUCGUCCAAGAGCCAGUGCGCGAACCUCCCCAGCAUCGUACAGCCAGGUUGUAACUGGCGCUUCGAUUGGUUCUCGGGAAGCGAUAACCCAACCGUCAACUGGCAAGCUGUUCAGUGCCCGAGUGCGCUCACAAAUAUCUCGGGUUGCAGGCGCAACAGCGAAGCCGGUGGACAACCAACCACUGGCAGUGGACAGUCGACGACUUCCAGCCGCUCCUCGUCCUCUUCGUCGAGCCGCUCAAGUUCGACGAGCUCGAGCUCUACUCGCACCUCUUCGGCCAAUGGAUCUGGUCAGACUCUCUACGGACAGUGUGGUGGCCAGGGCUACAAUGGACCGACGACAUGCGCCUCGGGUACAUGCAAGUACUCGAACCAAUGGUAUUCUCAGUGCCUGCCUUGA